UUGAGCAGUUGUGCUGAGCAUGGCAUCCAUUUCAGAUUAACUUAUCGAGUUUGUUUUUAUCGAAGAAAUAGACAUUUGUUUUUGAUAUGAACGUUCACAAGAGGAAGAAAAACGUGGAGGUUGAAAUCGAGCCAUCAAUUUGGAGCAAAGCAUUUUCAGCUGGUUCAAAUUGGAAUGAUAAAGAUGAGUUUCUGGAUGUUAUUUACUGGCUGCGGCAGGUUUUGGCAAUAGUCUUGGGAUUAAUAUGGGCAAUAAUUCCACUAAAAGGAAUUGCAGGAAUAGUUUUGUUUGGCCUUAUAAAUGCUGGUGCUUUAUUUGUCUAUUUCACCAACUUUCAAAAAAUUGAUGAUGAAGAGUAUGGUGGACCAAUGGAGUUAACAAAAGAAGGAUUCUUCACAUCUUUGUCACUUUUUUAGGUCAUUUGGAUUAUUGGCUUUACUGCUUUGCAUCAUAGUUGAUUGAUUUAAGAAGGGAAAAUUGCUGUUGAAAGAAUUCAAGCAUAUUGCUAUGUUGUUGCUUAAGCUGUGGUGAUGACCGUGUUUUAUAAUGCACAAUACACAAAGGCAAUACACCAUCAUUGCUGACCAAAUAUAGAUGGAGUUUUUUCAUAAUACAAUAUUUUGUCAUUUAUGAAACUUUCAAACUAAUUUUAUAUGCAAACAUCUGAUGGAAUCUAAUUUGCACUUUUGAUUUUUCUAUCUUGUAUAUGCAAUACAAUUGUAAAAAUGGUUGAUCUAUAGAAAAAGAACUACUAUUCUGUUUUUAUUUGCCUAAAUGAACAUGUGAACCAUAUUGUCUAAUGGAUAUUAAAUUUAAAUUUUUAUCUCAA